AUGGAAGCAGUGCCACAGCCCAUGAUCAACGACUUACUCGGUCAGAUCAGUGCCGAUCCUCAGCUUCCACGUCCAAAUCCAACAUCAGCGUUCUGGCAACUGCCUCCACAUCCUACCAUCUCUCAAGUCCAAUCAAGUUCACUACCCCAGUCGGCCGACUAUGUAAUCAUCGGCAGUGGCAUCACAGCCUGUAGUGUUGCUGCGCACCUCCUCACCAAUCCCGACUUUCCCAAGUCCGCCCAUGUUACAGUCCUUGAAGCUCGUACCCUGUGCUCUGGAGCCACAGGAAGGAACGGGGGCGCCUUGACCUCCUGGGUUCCACUCGCCUUCACCGACCUAAUCGCCCAAUAUGGCCAGGAGGAAGCCAUCAAGAUCGGCAGAUAUGCAUUCCGAACUCUUUCCAAGAUGCAUGACCUUGGAAAUUCAAGACCAGAAUUCAAGGAUGCCAGUGAAGUGCGCCGGUUACGGGACGUGCUAGCAUUCGUCGACGCGGAAGCGUUCGAGGGUGCCAAGCUCUCGUUCCAGAAGUACGAGGAUCUCAUCGGCAAGGAAUACUCGCUGAACUCCGAGGUCUUGACCGCUCAAGAGACACACGAGCAUUACAACAUGACAAACGUUGCCGGAGCGCUGCUGGUAGACUGUGGCGCGUACUGGCCCUACCGAUUGAUCACAGCCCUCUGGGCCGACCUACUUAAGACCUACUCCAAACAACUGAGCAUCGAAACCAACACCCCAGCACAAUCUGUCACAUUCGAUCCCAACACUAGCACAUAUACAAUUACCACUCCCAAUGGCACCAUCACCACACCCAAUGUCAUCCACGCCACAAACGGCUACACAGGCCAUCUUCUCCCCGCCCUCCGCGGCAAGAUUCAUCCCCUUCGCGGCACCAUGUCUACCCAACACCCACCCCUAGGCUUCGGCCACUACGGCACCGAGCGAGCGUGGUCCAUUUCGCACGCGCCCCGCUAUGAUACGGAAACUAAGCAGUUCGAGGCAGGGCUAUACUACGCGAACCAGAAUCCAAAGUCGCAGGACGUGUUCAUUGGCGGCGAGAAAGUCUUGCUCACGGAGAUCUUCGUCACUGAUGAUACAGAGGUUCGAGAAGAAGCGAGGCGGAACAUCGAAGGCAUCCUACCGAGAUAUUUCGAUAAGAAGGGAUUGACGAAGGAGAAGCAGGAGCAGGAGCCGGAAAUCCGGAAGGUGUGGUCCGGGAUCAUGGGCUUUACAAGCGAUGGUAUGCCGCUUGUUGGCAAAGUGCCUCAUACAAUCAGCCAACGGAAGCCCGACAGCGAUGAGAUAGGCAGUGGAGGCGAAUGGAUUGCGGCAGGCUUCAACGGGUACGGCAUGCCGCAGUGUUGGUCGGUGGGCGAGGCAGUCGCGAAGAUGAUUCUCGGCAAGUACGAGACGGAGGUGAAGGAUUGGCUGCCAGAUGCUUGUUUGAUUACAGAGAAGAGGUUGGCAAAGAUGUCGGCUGAGGCGAGUCUAGCGCACUUAACUGGCAUCAAGGUGAGGAGGUGUUGA